UUAAAUAAUGCUUUUUGUCCGCUCGAUUUGGUGAUAUACAAUUGCAUUCUGCAUUGUCUGAAAAAGUCCACACCGGCGUCCAUCAAAUCUUUACUCGCCUCCAUUUAAAUAAAUAACACAGGGGGAAGAAGGUCAAACGGGAAAAGCUGUAACAGAGGAGAUCCCUUACUCUCUCAGAAACCCUCCAAGUUACAAAUUGAAGAUACAGAGAAAAGAUGGGAUAUAGAAUUAACUAUGGCGCAGUUAUUGUGGCUGCGUUACUUGCUCUUAGUUGGAAGUGCAGCGGGUUAUCGCUGACAGUGUUUGAGGAGGAGUGCGUCUAUGAAAAGGCCGAGUACGAAGGAGACAUGAUAUCCGGCAAUUUUGUAGUGGUAGAUCAUGACGCCUUCUGGAGAUCCGAAAGCCCAGGCAUAGACUUCAAGGUAACAGCACCUGGAGGGAAUCUUGUGUAUAAUUUGAAAGGAUCAGUUGGAGAUAAAUUUGAAUUCAGGGCUCCAAGGAGCGGACUGUACAAGUUUUGCUUUCAUAACAGCUAUUCUGUUCCAGAGACAGUUUCCUUUUACAUACAUAUUGGUCACAUUCCUAGUGAACAUGAUCUUGCUAAGGAUGAGCACCUUGAUCCUAUCAAUGUCAAAAUUUCACAGCUGAGAGAGGCUUUAGAAUCUGCUUCAGCAGAACAAAAAUAUCUGAAAGCUCGUGAUGCUCGUCACCGCCAUACAAAUGAGAGCACACGCAGGCGACUAAUUGGUUACACACUGGCUGAAUAUGUGGCAUUGAUCGUUGCCAGUGGUACUCAAGUAUAUCUGAUUCGGCGGAUGUUUAGCAGGAGCAUCGCUUAUAACAGAGUUUAGAUUGACAAUUGGCUCUAUUUGAAAGACAAAUUACAUUGAAUCCAUCUUUAAUGAAAGAUAAUAUUGCUUAGAAGUUGAAUAUUGAAGCCAAAUGUACAUUUGUAUCUGAAACUGUAUUGGUGUCAAUUAAGCAAUUAUAUUGAAAAGAAAUGUCUUGGAAAAUUCACAGAAAACAUAGUUUGUUAUCAGAUAUUUUAAUUUUUUUAGAACA